AUGGCAACAAGCGCAGCCCCAUAUAUCGACCUCGCUAUUGAGGAAACCCGAAGGACCCCCUUCACAGAAAGAAUCUCGGGGAUGAAGCUAAGCACCAUCGGGAAAAUUAAAUUCCCCGAGUACUCUGGAAAUUCAGACCCUAAAGCUCACAUCCGAGCCUUUGGACUCGCGAUAUCCAGAGCACAUCUCAAUGACGAUAAAAAAGAGGCAAGGUACUGUCGUUUCUUCGCAGAGAACCUCACGGGCUCCGCCCUAGAAUGGUUCGCCGGCCUAGAAGAAAAUUCGAUCGAUAACUUCAUACAACUAGUGUCGGUGUUCCUAAAGCAGUACUCAGUGUUCAUAGAAACAAGAACAACCGAAGCCGAUCUAUGGAACCUCAAACAAGCACCCUUCGAGCCUCUAAAAGCGUACAUAAAUAAAUUCAGAGAAAUCAAAGCGAAAAUUGCAAACCUAAACGACGGAGUGGCUCUCGCCGCCUUAAAGAAUGGUGUGUGGUUCUCCUCUAAAUUCAAAGAAGAAAUGUCGGUCAGGGCUCCAGUGUCGCUAGAUGACGCGCUGCAUCGAGCAUCGUUCUUUGCAGCGUACGAAGAGGACGUACCUAACUUGAAAGAACAAUUUUUGGCAAGCAAAAAUGCCGCCAGCAAAAAGACUUCGACAACUAAGGAAGCACCGACCAAAAGUCAACAUUCUUACGCAAUAGAUAAUUCCCCGAAAAACAAAUUAUCGACUUUCGAUCUGAACAAGCAUUGCAACUUCCACAAACGAAAAGGACAUUCCACUGAGGAAUGUCCGCUGCGUUACGCGAAAAGGAGAGAAGGGAGGAAGAAGAAAACUCUCAAUAAGAUGAACUCCCUUCAACUCCAAAAAGCGAUAAAAAACCAAAAACGUCUUCCCACAAAAGGGCUCGCGAGGUAG